UUUGUCAGCAAGGAUGAGUAACCUUUUUUCGUUAAUUGCGGUUUUCCUUUUCACCUUUGAAAUAGUUUGGACACUUAGAGUUCCUCGCUCGACGUACGCCGGCCGCCAGCUGCUCGUAGGAUACUGGGGACAAAACGGAGCAGGACCCGCAAAUGGCCCAGCAAACUACGAAAAGUCGCUGCUUGAAGUGUGCAGGACAACAAAAUACGACAUCUUAGCUGUGUCUUUUGUCAUUGUCUUCUUUGACCCAAGAAACAAAGGUCUUCCAGCGCUGAACUUUGCUUAUCACUGCGAGACAUCUGUUUCUUCAGAGUAUCCUUUCCUGUUGAGAUGUCCAAAAAUAGAAGAAGGGAUAUUAGAAUGUCAGAAAAGAGGAAAGAAGGUCUUGAUGUCUAUAGGUGGUGCCACAGGUGAUGGAACUCUACCCUCCGCUUACAAGGCCAGAGAACUUGCCAGAACUCUGUCCGAUUUGUUCUUAGCUGUGGGAAAUCGCUACCAAGAUUUGAGACCUUUUGGAAGUGCUGUCAUGGACGGUAUUGAUCUUGACAUCGAGGGAGGAGACAAGAAACACUACGGGGAGUUUAUUCAGGAAUUGCGAACGCUCAUGGACAACGACCAAUCAAAGGGUUAUCUGAUCACAGGCGCGCCUCA